UGCGAGAGUAAACAUAAAGAUAAGCAAAAUUCGUCCUUCGACUAGUCUAUCUACAUGCUUGUAAUCUCCAGAGUAGUUUGAUGUAUCGACUUCAACAGAGGAAAAAGAAAAACAUUUAUUCAGUUUAUGACAAAUGGAUGGCGAAAACCGAAUCAUACUUAACGUAGGCGGCAUAAGGUAUGAAACUUACAAAGCGACGCUCAAGAAGAUUCCAGCAACGCGAUUAUCACGAUUGACCGAAGCGCUAGCAAAUUAUGAUCCCAUUUUAAAUGAAUAUUUCUUUGACCGUCAUCCGGGGGUAUUUGCUCAGGUUCUCAAUUAUUACAGAACCGGAAAACUUCAUUAUCCAACAGACGUGUGCGGACCACUUUUCGAAGAAGAACUCGAAUUUUGGGGCUUAGAUUCAAACCAAGUUGAGCCUUGCUGUUGGUCAACAUACAGCAUACAUCGUGACACUCAAAGCACAUUAGCAAUUUUGGAUAAGUUAGAAUUAGAUGAUGAGCAGCUAUCUGAGGAAUCAAUUGCUCGAUUAUUUGGUUUCGAUGAAGCUUUAUUAAAUUAUAAUGAAUUGAGCUGCUGGCAACGUACGAGACCGAAAGUCUACGCAUUGUUCGAUGAGCCCUCAAGCUCAACUGGUGCUAAGGUGGUGGCUGGAAUCAGCGUAUUUUUCAUCUGUACUUCUGUGAUAUCGUUUUGUUUAAAAACACUUCCCGGUUUGCGUGUUGAAAUUCCUUUGACGCUCAAUCACACAUCUAGCAAUUUACGUGACAUUUAUCAAACGACGACAUUACCGCCGUCAACAACAGAAGCCAAUUUCAUUACAGCAGCAUCCAUUCAUCGUUCGUCUAUUGGUGGGACUUUGUUCAAUCGCCAUUCGACCCGAAGUCGACUGUUUGAUAACUUGCAGGCAACACAUGCCCAUUCAGCAUUUUUCUACGUGGAGCUGCUUUGUAAUGUGUGGUUUAUAAUCGAAUUGUUCAUCCGUUUCAUAGUCGCUCCGAACAUGUUAAAUUUUAUUAAAUCGCCCGUCAACAUCAUCGAUUUGGCGGCAACGUUGAGCUUUUAUACUGACAUUUGCCAACAGUUAGGCCAACAGACGGGACUGUUUGAAGCAUUUUCAAUUAUCAGAAUCUUGAGAUUAUUUAAAUUAACGAGGCAUUCACCAGGACUUAGAAUCUUGAUUCACACGUUUAAAGCAUCGGCAAAGGAACUUACACUUUUAGUGUUCUUCUUGGUUCUUGGCAUCGUCGUCUUUGCGAGUCUCGCAUAUUAUGCUGAAAAACUUGAGGAUAAUCCUGAUAACCAAUUUAAGAGCAUACCGUUGGGUUUAUGGUGGGCUCUUGUGACAAUGACUACUGUUGGAUACGGAGACAUGGCACCGAAGACGUUCUACGGCAUGUUUGUUGGUGCUUUGUGUGCCCUAGCUGGUGUACUUACAAUAGCAUUACCCGUUCCGGUUAUUGUCAGCAACUUUUCUCGUUUCUACUCACACAGUCAAGCACGUUCCAAGCUACCUAAAAAGAGGAGAAGAGUUUUGCCUGUAGAACAGCCAAGGCGAAAAAGAGGCAAUGAAGGUGGCGGUCUUCCUACCGGUCCGGGAAGUAUUCAGGGACAUCGACGAAUGACGCUUCCGAAACCACAUCCUACAAAUGCUAUUUUUAAAGACGCUUUCGGAAGUGCAAAAAUUGGACAUGUGAACGGCGUUAAUGUUAUUGGACUUUCACUUCAACAAACUCUUCCAACCAUUCCAGCACCCGGUGUUAAAACUCCAAUAUUAAAUCAGCCAUCAUCAGGUGACUUUUCAAGCCUUCAAAUGCAGUUGCAGCCUAGAAGACCAACAACUGGAAAUGUUGAUUUUCUACUUCCUCUUCAACCUGAGCUGUUAUUGCAACGAAAAGAAUCGGGUUCGCCAUCAACUCUUAUGGCGCAAUUUAAUUUGGAGCCUAAAGUCACGCUGUUCGCCGAAAGCUCAACAAGCUCUGGUUUUACAAACGACAGAGAUGACAAUUUGCAUAAUGAAUAAGAAUUCAAUUAAAGUGUUUCUUCACUAUCAUUUCCGGUACGGAAGAUGGAGCGAGAACAGAAAAUAAAAUGAUGUGCCAAGAGAAAAUCCCUUCGUCCUAAGAGCAGAUGCCAAGAAUUAUUCAAUUUUUCACCAUCGUCGACGAGCAAGUCAACAACAGUGCGAGGAUAAAGAGAAAAAAACUUCCGGCAUCGCUCAAGAGACAGCUUUUUAAUAUUCGUCAUAUUCUUUGUGCCAAUAAUGAAGCUUAAAAAUAUGCAUGAUCAAAAUUAAAUGUGAAUUAAAUGAUUUAAAAUGAAUAGAAAUGUCAACAUAGAAAAACUCAUUUUUAUUGCAAGUUGCAUAAUUAGUAAAUGUUUUCCAAAGAGACGUGAAUAAAACUUCAAAAGUCUCGAUUCACUGACAACAAAUUAGCAUGAAAAUGAAGAAACAGCGAGAAGAUCAAAAAUGAGAUAAAUUUCAAAUAUUUAUUUAUUUUAUGAAAAUUGAAAUUAAAAAUUUUUUAAAUGUGUAUGUCUUUAAUGGAAUUUAUUUUUAUUUCUCUAAAGAGUAAAAAAGAUACAUGAAGAAAAAUAAAAGAAAAACAAUGAAUGUGAAUUCAAUUAUGAGAAAGAACAAAUUCACAUACGAUAUAAAUGUGGAAAUAAAAUUCUUGAGAUGAGUGGAAAAGCUCGUUACAAGAGAAAAGAUUAUUUGGAAGAGACUUUGAAAAUAAAUUUCAAGUUUUAACUCACAUAUAGUCAACAGUUUUUAUGAUUUGUGUCAUAACCAUAAGAACAGCCAUUCAAGCUUGGAAAGUUAUGAAGCUUUCUAUUUGGUAGAAAUAAUUUAUAUAAAAUAUGUUGUUUUGACAAUGACUUUGUAUAAAUAAAUAAGAUCAAUAGGUUUUUAUGAAAGCUUUCAAGAAUAGAGAGUGACAUUCAAUGGAUAACGACAGACAUUUGUAUUUGAUUGACAUAAACGAUGAAAAAGACAUUUAAUGAGCUUGAAUUUAUCUGUCAAAGUUUCUCCAAAUAAGAAACACCCAAAUUGUAUCUAAUAAAAAAAUUAUACAAGAGAAAAAGAA